GAUCAACUCUCCUCCUCUGAAUAAUACAAAAAGCCAAAAUAUACAUUUCUCCUGGGUUCUCAUUCUUUGACCCCUCCCUCCAUUAUUUCACGUUUCUCACAUUUUCUCCGACAAAAAGAAAUUAAUCUUAAUCGGUACAUAAACACGACCCGUUAUUCCUCGUCGGCUUUCGAGCAAACCCUUUGUACCAAUUUUUGAUUCUGUUGAGGAUAAAAAUUUGGGGAUCUGAGAGAAGGAGAAGAUGAUGACGAGUAUGGAAGGGAUGGUGGAGAAAGGAGUGUUGGAUGAUAUAAUAAGGAGAUUGCUAGAAGGUAAAGGAGGGAAACAGGUUCAGCUGUCGGAGAGCGAGAUUCGUCAACUCUGCUUCAACGCCCGUCAAAUCUUCCUCUCUCAACCUAAUCUCCUUGAGCUACAUGCCCCUAUUCGCAUCUGCGGUGAUAUCCAUGGCCAAUAUCAAGAUCUUCUGAGGCUAUUCGAAUACGGAGGCUACCCUCCUUCAGCAAACUUUCUCUUCCUUGGCGACUACGUUGACAGAGGCAAGCAAAGUCUCGAGACCAUAUGUCUACUCCUUGCUUACAAGAUCCGUUACCCAUCAAAGAUAUUUCUCUUGAGAGGCAACCACGAGGACGCUAAGAUCAACAGGAUUUACGGAUUCUACGACGAGUGCAAGAGGAGAUUCAACGUACGUCUUUGGAAGGUUUUUACUGAUUGCUUUAACUGUUUACCCGUAGCUGCACUCAUUGACGGCAAGAUCUUGUGCAUGCACGGUGGUUUGUCACCGGAGUUGGAUAAUUUGAAUCAGAUUCGAGAGAUUGAGAGGCCUACUGAGAUUCCAGACAGUGGUCUUCUUUGUGAUUUGCUUUGGUCGGAUCCUGACCAGAAGAUUGAAGGGUGGGGUGAUAGUGAUCGAGGCAUUUCUUGUAUUUUUGGAGCUGAUAAAGUCGCUGAGUUCUUGGAUAAGAAUGAUCUUGACCUCAUUUGCCGUGGCCAUCAGGUAGUGGAAGAUGGAUAUGAGUUUUUUGCAAAACGGAGACUAGUCACGAUAUUCUCAGCUCCAAACUAUGGUGGAGAGUUUGACAAUGCAGGUGCAUUAUUGAGCGUGGACGAGUCUCUUGUUUGCUCUUUCGAGAUUAUGAAACCCGCCACAGCUUCUAGCAGCGGUCAACCUCUCAAGAAGGUACCAAAGAAGUCUAAUUAG